GAAACAAACUUUGGAGAGAGAGAGAGACAAUAGAAGAGCGAAGCGAGAAAAAGCUGCCAUUGUUUCUUCUUCUUCUCCUCGUCGUCCUCCUCUUUCAGAGAGGGAUGGUCGAAGGGAGUUUCAGCCUCUGAGAUCAUCCUCAACCUUGAAAGGAAGGCCGUGGGCGUGGGCGUGGCGUGGCGUGGCGUUGAAGAAAACAAUUUCUCAAUCCAUCUUCUUCAAUCCUCUCCUACAUUAUUAUUUAUUUCUGUUCAAUCUCAUUGUAUUGUUAUUUGUUUCCCACACAAUUCUGUCGAAUUCUCCCAAUCCUCUGCCUGCCGCAGCCUUCGCCAUUGAUUCUAUCGAUGAAUCGCGGAAGGAAGCUGAAGGGUGGAUUUGGGAGAUAGACAUUAGUUGAUUUAGUCUGGUUAUGAAGCUGCUCAUGAAAACGGAGGUAUUGUUAGCCCUAGAAAUUAAACAAAAAAAACGGUGAUCAUGAAUGAGAUCAUAGAGCCGAAUUUGGUCAAUAGUUGUUCUCUAGUUUCUUCCAAGCACUUGUGAAUCUGAUCAUCCAUCCAUACAUCCAUAACUGAGCUGAAGAUAUUGUUCCUCGGUAUUUUUUACUGUCUCCGCCAUAACCACUGAUGGUUAGGCCAGCAAUGAGUCUUAAAUGGACUAAUGGAGGUCGAUUACCAUGCUUCGUCUUUCUUGUUCUUUUCCUGGGAGUUCAACGCUGCUGGUGCCUCAAUUCUGAAGGAUUGGCGUUGUUGCAUUUUCUAGCUAAGGUUGCAUCUGAUCCAUCUGGUGCUUUGAGGAAUUGGGAUGCCAAUGAUAAUACUCCAUGUUCUUGGCGAGGAGUGCGCUGUCUCCACGGUAAAGUGCAUACGCUAGAUCUCAGCGGGCUUGGCUUGGUGGGAGUGCUGGCGCCAGAUCUCGGCCAUCUCUCGGAUUUACGAGUUCUUGACCUAUCGAAGAACGACUUUUCUGGGACGAUUCCUCGAGAGUUUGGACAGCUUACAGCGCUGGAAAUACUGGACCUCAGGGAUAAUAAUCUGACUGGAAAACUUCCGGUGGAAUUAGGACAGCUGCAUUCCCUGAAAAGGUUUGAUGGAAGCAUUCCUGUGCUGUCUGAUAAUGUCCCAAAAACUGCUGCCGAUGGAAUCGCUGGCUUGAAUCGAAAAUUUGGCAUACGACAGAGUUUUCUAAAGCAGCAUAUGACAACAUCGGAUUCUUUUGGCCGGUUCAAGUUUGGGGACAAAUUUUCACACGAUCACGGCGACAGUCGCAUUGAUCCAACAGCUUUAACUGAUUCGAGUCAUGCCGAGAAUGUCAACAGUGAGUUCACCAAUUUGCGGCGCAGAUUAGCCGAAGGGCCAAGUAAUUUUGUUGCUGUUCCUCCCAAUAAUAUGCCUCAAGCCCAACCCCAACCGGACCCUGUCCUAACUCUUCCAAGUAGCGGCUCAUUUCCUGCUAUUCCAAAGCCGAAGGCUGCAUCUCCUGCAUCACCGCCCCAACCUGCAUCAGCUACGCCAACUAGUCCCGGUGCCGCCAGUCAAGCUGCUGUCAAACAGUCUCCGGCGGGUGGAAAAUCAGAAAAUUCUUCCAAGUCUAUAGCAUGGACCUUACUUAUUGCAUUCGUGCUCGUUAUUGCUAUAGUCGUGUUUAUCAUCUGCAGAAGCAGGGCAGCGAAGAAGCUCGGUCCUUGGAAGAGCGGAUUGAGCGGGCAGCUGCAGAAAGCUCUGGUUACCGGUGUUCCCAAGUUGAAUCGGGAGGAGCUCGAAACGGCAUGUGAGGAUUUCAGUAAUAUUAUCGACAUCGUUGAUAGUGUAGCCAUGGUGUAUAAGGGAACUCUAUCCAGUGGAGUCGAGAUUGCUGUUGUUUCGACAACUGUACAAUCUCUGAAAGAAUGGUCGAAGCGCUCGGAUUUGAUAUUCAGGAAAAAGAUCGACACCUUGUCCCGAGUGAACCACAAGAACUUCCUUAAUCUUAUCGGGUACUGCGAGGAGGACCAACCUUUCACUAGAAUGAUGGUAUUUGAGUAUGCUCCAAGCGGGACGCUCUACGAGCAUCUGCACGUGAAAGACGCCGAACACCUCGACUGGAAUGCGAGGAUGAGGAUCGUCAUGGGAGCGGCGUAUUGCCUGCAACACAUGCACGAGCUCAAUCCACCGAUCCCACAUUUCCUCUUGACUUCGAGAGAAAUUUUCUUGACGGAUGAUUAUGCUGUCAAAAUCGGCGACAUGAGUUUCUGGGGCGAACUUGUCGACAAAUCAAAGAAACCUUCGGAAAAUGAGUCCGAGCUGCCUCUGCCAGCUGAUCUUGAAACGAAUGUUCGGAGCUUUGGAAUCAUGCUGCUCGAAAUAAUAACCGGAAAGCUUCCUUACACGAAAGAGCAAGGACACAUCACCAAUUGGGCUGCGCCAUACCUAUGUGACGAGAAGAGCAUGAAGAACUUGGUGGAUCCGACGUUGAGUUCUUGCAACGAGAAGCAGCUUCAAGUGGUGUGCGACGUGAUCAAGAGCUGCGUUCAAGAAAAUGAGCGGGAGAGACCAUACAUGAAGGAAGUUAUUGAUAGGCUCGUGCAAGCGAUCAACAUAUCGCCCGACGCGGCGACGCCGAGGCUUUCUCCUCUUUGGUGGGCCGAGCUCGAAAUCCUGUCUGCUGAAGCUCCCUAACUCCGGUCCUAAAUGUGUCAUUUUCUUACCAUACGAUUAACAUAUACAUAUACAUAUACAUAUUGUGUAUGAAUGUAUGUAUGUAUGUGUGUAUGGUAAAGCAAAGAUGUAUACUUGAUUUGUUUGUGAUAUACAUACAACUUUUUUCUCUUUGGGAAGGAAAUUAAUUAUUUGA